UCGAAGAACUCGGUGGGAAGGAUGAAACCUGCAACCUCAGUCUUUUUGUCUCUUGAUGGUGCAAAACCUGUCGAUUUAGAUAGAAGAGAAAACUAUCAAAAGAAAGGUGCAAUAUCCAACGCUAUGCUGCGGUAACUAGUCGUAGGCUACGGUCAGACAGAGACUGGUGACCGCCGCAAGCAUGAAUCCGGACAGUAGUGCUGCAUGGGUCUUCAAGUCGAGGUUACAGGAGAAAGAAGUUCAUUUGCAGCAGUUACAGGCUGAUGAAGUAGAGUUGUGCCAGACCCUGAGACUACAGGUAGAAGAGCUCCAGAAGAGACUUGAGGAGAAAGACAACAAACUCACUGAGGCGAACGAGGUGAUCAGAGCACUGAGGGAUGAGGUGCAGACACUGCAGCAACAGCUGGAGCAGCACAGAUGGAAGUACCGUGACAACGUAAUUGGACAGAGAGGCUGGCAGUGCAAGUGUGGAGGAGGAAAUGACAUCACUGCAUUGACAACAACUUCCCUCCCAGACUGUCGUCCUUGUGAGCCAGAGACGGGUUCCUACGAAGCAGGAACACCACAGGAGGACCAGGAUGUUACAUCACAGGAUGUUGCAUCACAGAACACUCUGUUCUGCCCUUCUCUGGAAACUAGCAUUGGUGCUGAGGUAUGUGAGAUCCCACCAAACAUCUUCCUGUCCUGUACCUCGGAGGACGACCCAGCAAAUGUUUCAAUCCCUCCUGAUGACGUCAUGCUGACAUCAGCACAAGAACUUGAGGAAGACCCGGCAGAUGAUCUUCCACUGUCUCCUGGUGAUGGUACACGGACAUCACCACGACAACUUGAGGAUGACCCAGCAGAUGUUCCACUGUCUCCUGGUGAUGGUACACAGACAUCAUCGAAGGAACUACAACUUGAAGAUGACCAAGCAGAUGUUCCAUUGUCUACUGUUGAUGGUAAGCUGACAUCAUCACAGCAACUGGAAGAUGACCCAGAAGAUGUUCCACUGUCUCCAAGUGAUGAUACACGGACAUCACCACAGCAACUGAAACUGUGUGUGGUGUCAGUGGAGCUACAAGACUGCCGUGACAUGCUGGGGCCUGAUGGAGUUUUUAAGAUGCAAACCUCAGAGGACCUCAGAGAUGACGGUGAAAAUGAUGAUGAUGAUCUAAGUUAUCAAGAUCAUGAUGCCGACGUGGAUUACAGCCCGAAAAACGAAGGAUUCAACAUCUGCUCAAAGGCUGGAGAACUGUUGUUUGCAGCCGAGGAGAGCAUCGCCGAGCCUGAGGGGGAACAGAAGAGGCAGAGCAGGGGAGGCAUGAGAGUCAAGGCAAAAAAAAGAAAGCAUGCCAGAAGAAAGCCCUCCACUGCCGCUCCACAUGGAAACUUUUCCACCAACUCUCCACAUGCAAAUACACCCAAUGAUUCUCCUCAUGAAACUACACGAGGUGUUGUUCAGGAAGAUUAUCACCUGGAGAGAAAUGGAAGGACUUCUAAAGGAAGAAAAAAGCAAACCAUAGAGGACGUGAGCGAUGAGGGUGACGGUGAUGAUGAUGGCGACAAAGAUGACGAUGAGUGUCAUCAGGAUGGUGAUGAUGAUGAUGACGACAGUGAUUACGACCCAGGAACCGAUGAGUCCAUUGAACAUGAUGUAUGUGAGAAAACUCUGCCAACUCCACAAACUCUUGUCAGUCACAAAAAAGUCCACACAGAUAGACCUAAACAAGGAACUGAAAGAAAAGGUCCUCCUUGGGAAUGUAAUGUAUGUGGGAAAAUACUUAAAAAUAAGCGGAAUCUUAUUAUUCACAAACGACGGCACACUGGUGAAAAGCCUUAUGCCUGCAAACACUGCGACAUAACUUUCAGACAUUACAGUGCUUAUUUCAAACACCAGAAAACACAUUCAGACGAGCUACAUGGUCUGCCCAAAAUGGUAAAACCAGCUGAAACAGUGACUGAAAUAAACACUGAACGUGAUUUGUGUGGGAAAACUCUUCCAACUCCACAUACUCGUGUCAGUCAGAAAAGAGAUGGAUCACAACAAGGAACACAUCAAUGUGACAUCUGUGGAAAACUGGCUACAAGUUCGGCGAAUCUCAAUCUACACAAGAGGAUACACUCAGAUGACCGGCCUUAUGCUUGCAAGCUCUGUGACAAAACUUUUCGAUAUAAAGCUGCUUUAAUAUCUCAUCAGAUAGUUCAUACUAAGGAAAGACCACACAAGUGCUCGCUUUGCCCCAAGGCUUUUGCGACUUCAUCAUACUUAAAAGUACAUAUCAGAAAACAUAAGGGAGAAAAACCCUAUGCCUGCACUCAGUGCUCCAAGACUUUCUAUGACUCAAGAGGUCUACGCUGCCAUGAAUUAAGUCAUUCAGAUCACAAACCUUUCUUGUGUCUGGUGUGUGGGCUGAGAGUGAAAACGAAAGGCCAGCUUAAAACCCAUGAGUUGAUUCACACUGGAGAGAAGUUAUUUUCCUGUACGCAAUGCAACAAGCGCUUCAUAACAAACUGCAAACUUGUUUACCACAUAAGAAGCCAUACUGGAGAGAAGCCCUAUAAGUGUUCUUCAUGCGAGCUCAGGUUCGCCAGAGUCGCUUAUCUCAAACGGCACCAGAUUAUACACAUGGGUGAAAAGCCUCACCUUUGCUCUGUUUGUGGGAGGACUUUCAAUCGUGUUGAAGCACUGAGGACCCACCAGAGAGUUCACACUGGAGAGAAACCCUACCAGUGCACCGUCUGUGAGGAGAGAUUCGCCUACCCACAGGCUUUGCAGAAGCACCAGAAAAAAGUGCACAACAUUGAAUUCCACAAAUGUCAACAAUGUGGGCAGAGUUUUAAAUCUGCUAAAGCUUUGAAAUUACAUGAGUGUUCACAGGGUGUGAAUUAGGGAUGGGAAUCUUCAUCAUCAAAGCGAUAUGAUGCGCAUCUCGAUACAGAUGGCAACGAUACGAUACAUUCACGAUUCAUGAAAUUACCAGUGAUAAGAUGCGAUACGAUUCUCCUACCUACUGCGAUGCAGUUCGAUAUGGCGCGAUGCAAUUAUAAUGCCAUGCCAUGCAAUGCGAUUCGGUACAGAACAGAUUCAAAUAUUAAUUUGAUAUUAAAGGCUGUGCACAAGGCUGCCGUUAGGCAUAAGCAGAGUGCUUUUAGAGCCUCAACCACUUUGCCCCCAAAAUUGUGGCCUCCUUAAUAUAGACUUACUAAAAAACAUCAUGAAAAAAUAUUUAAUUACAUUUCAAAACAUAUAUUUGUUAGGUAGCAAAAGGGCCAUCAUUUUUCAGGCAUACUGUAAUUUUGAAUAUAGGACUUAGCAUUAUUAUUAGUAGUAGCAGUAGGCCUAGUAGUAGUAUUUACUUAUGAGGGGGCCUCCUGACCAGUUAUGCCUAGGCCCCUAAAGCCUUAGCAGCGGCCCUGGCUGUGCAUAUAACUUUUGAGAUAGCCUAUACUGGAAAACAUACAGAAAGUAGUGAGAACUCAUUUUGGCUUGGGCACAUUGCUUUGAGCAGAGAAAAUGACAAAAUAUAUACCUGAAUACUACCAUGCCAAUUACAGUUUAUCUCUUUUAAAUAAAAAUGGGAAAACCACAGAGCUUCUGCUCAUGUUGGAAUAUUGACGAGGACAUGUAAUAAUGUACAUGUAAGCUCUGAACAACUACACUUGAUCCAAAUUAGAACAAUUUAGUAGAUGUUGGGAAUGGGGUUAAUACCGAAGGGAGAAAUAACGUGCGUAGGCCACUGGACUGAAGUGUUGGAAUAGUGUACUUUUCAACUGGAGUUUUUAAACUUCAUGGACAAUCUGCACGAGCUGCAAAUCAGACCGUGUGUGUCCAGCACGAGAGCGAAAUAUAACAGGCUCCUAAGCAGCAAUGAUGCCAACUUAGCGACUUCACUUCUUUUUUACUGCAUGAACAAAGGACUUAAAACGAAUGCACAGGCUCUGUAACGUUUUCCAACACGGUUAUGUUUUUUUUUUUUUUUUUUUUAAUCUCGUGCACUGACUAUGCUUAGGCUGCUUUCAUUCAGAAACGGCAACAUGUUGGCAGACAGCUUUCUCUUGUUGUUUGUGCCGCGCGGUAGCCUACCCUACAUAUCAACUCAACUAGUGAAGCGAGUACUCUCUCCACACGUCUUCCAGACUCGCAGAAGACGGUCACUAGAAUUAAUGUUAUGCAGUUUCAGAUGAAAUAUGAAAACGUUUUGUUAAAAAAAACUUAGUGGAGGUGAAAUCUGUUGUAAAUUGUAUGGUCUUGUCUAUAAAUGGGACAGCGAGAAAUAGUUGUUCCCAUGGAUGUUGGGAUUUUUAAGAUGCUUCCUCACUAUUGAAUCUAGAGACAAACUGGUCCAUUUGGCCAAAGAGGUUAAAAUAAUCGUUGCGGUCAUAGCAAUAGCCUACCGCUGUGGUAAGCUUACACUGAAAUAGAUUGAUGCACGAAAUCUUCGAGCUGCGCAGGGUAUAAAUGAGGCUGAAAAUCUUAUGUUCGUUGCGAUACGCUGCUGUUCUAUCAAGAACGGCCCUGGCGCCGUCACUGAAAUGUAUGCGGAAAUGCAACAAAGUGGCUCUUUGAAAUUGUCAAUUGCACUGGGCGGCAAUACCUGUUGACCAUUGUCAGAAGUUGGUUGAUUCCACACAACUGAUGUGAAGCAGUUAGCAAAAAACAUGGUUAUGCAACAGAAUAUCAGAACAGUCCUAAAAGUAGUUUAGGACUCUUAGCAAAGUUGAAUUUUUAACAACUUCUUAGUUUGUAUGGUGCAGGCUGUGAAUACUUUUGUAAAUAUGAUGUCUUUUUUUUUUAAUUUUUUAUAAAUUUUCAAAACUGUCGAGACAACUCGUUUUUCACAUGGUCAUAAUGGAAUAAUUUGUGUGGGAUUUUGACAACAGAGAUUCAUUUCUAGCAUUUGGAAUGAGGCUGUAAGAUAAUAAAAUGUGAAAAAGUGAAGCGCUGUGAAUACUUUCCGGAUUGACUGUAAAUGAAAGAAUUUAUGUCAAGGGCCGAAUAAGAUGGAUUUAUAGGUUCCCCAACCCUGUUCUAAUGUUAUGUAGGCUAUUUGAUUUUAUGCUCAUUUCAAAAUAGCCUAUUUAUCUUGCCUUUAUUCCUUCAUUGCACUUCAACGUGUAUGUCUGCUGUUCGUGUUUUGUAAAAAUGCUAGGCCUACAUUUUUUGAUUACUGAGCAUGGACAGGGUGUUAACAAACUAUGAUAAUGCCCUAUGGAAGAAAUUUGGGACUUUAUUAAAUACAUAUAUGCGAGUAGAAAUUAAUACAAAUAUGACCGGAUUUAUGAAUGUAUAUAUAAUUAAUAUAAAUAUAAAAUGGGAUGCAUAAAUAAAUGUAUAAUUUCUUCCGUGAUGCCCGGGGUUGGUCUAAAAUUUUGCUCACAAUGGUCUAAAAAGGUCAAAAAAAGGUCUAAAAUUUGACCCACUGUCUGAAUCCUGCAAGAGCCCUGAAUUGUAGUACAUUCCUCUAUUCCUCUGCGUUUCUUGAUUUUUUUUUCUUCUCAUGAACAGACCUGUAGAAUGUUCAAGUCAAAUUCUAGAACUACUGGUGAAAACCUAUACUCCUCAAAGGGUUAAUAUGGCAGGGAGAUAUUGGAGCUACCAGAGGUGUCUUUAAUAAUAAUAAUGAAAUGAAAGUGUGUUGUAGUGAACAUAAAGAGAUGUUUUGUCAUACCAAAGAGUUUCCCUUCACUACUUGCAUAAUAAAAAACUGU